AUGGAUCUCGUCAACCACCUCGAAGGCCAGGGACGUCUGCAACAAGCAACCCUAGACCUCCUCGCAGGCUGCGAUGUUCAGUUCCGUCGCGAAACCCGCCUCGACAUUGCGCUGGUCAAGAACCUGCCCAUCGCGCUGAUUUUCCUGCCCGCCGCCGACAUCCCCACCUUUGUCGGCGAAGGUCGCGUUGACCUGGGUAUCACUGGCCAAGACCAGGUCGCUGAGCACGACGCUACCCUCCCCGCCGGCGAGGUCUCAGGAGUUGAGGAGGUCCUCGAUCUCGGCUUCGGCGCCUGCAAGCUGCAGGUCCAGGCUCCUGAGAAGGGCCCCUACAAGGAGGCUAAGGAUCUCGUUGGUCGCAAUGUCGUGACCAGCUUCACAGCCCUGACAGAAGCUUUCUUCCGCAAGCUUGAGGGCGCUGAAGCCGGUGCGCAGCUCGCCACUAAGAUCAAGUACGUCGGUGGAAGUGUCGAGGCUGCUUGCGCUCUCGGUGUCGCGGACGGUAUCGUCGAUCUCGUUGAGUCCGGUGAGACCAUGAAGGCAGCUGGUCUUCAGGCCAUCGACACCGUGGUGUCAAGCACAGCGGUUCUGGUCAAAUCUCGCCAGUCAAACAGCGAUAUCCUCACCCUCCUCACCUCCCGUCUCCGCGGUGUCAUCACCGCCCAAAAGUUCGUGUUGUGUCAGUACAACAUUCCCCGUGCUCAGCUGCCCGUCGCCUCGAAGAUCACCCCCGGCAAGCGUGCGCCCACUAUCACCGCCCUCGAGGAGGAGAACUGGGUUGCUGUUAGCUCGAUGGUGGAGAAGAAGCGCAUCGCUACUGUUAUGGAUGAGCUGACCAAGGUUGGCGCAACUGACAUUUUGGUUAUGAACAUUGCCAACUCUCGCACGGAUUAA